AUGGUCGUACCCGUCGGUGGAGUUGGUGAUAUUCUCACUAUCUCCAAACUCAUUUACAGAAUUGGCCUCGAGCUAAAGAACAGUCCUGAAUCAGCACCAGACUAUCAGGAUCUAUUGGCGGAGCUUGAGGCUCUUGAUCGGGCACUGAAGGAAAUCUAUACACUUCGCCCCGCGGUCCAUAAUCUGAGACGAUUGGAUGCAAUUCGAGCCGCAGCGGCGGCCUGCCAGAGGCCGUUGGAGGAGUUUCUUGAGAAAAUAAAGAAGUUCCACAGCACACUUGGAUCAUGGGGGGCAAAACGGCGUCCAGUCCGAAGCAUCGGUCGAAGUGUCCAAUAG